UGCAAGGCUCCAAAAUGGUGUUUAGGGCCAGCCAGAAUUGUCGGUCCUAUUUUUACAGGUGACCGAACCUGCCAAGGCCCAGUUUUGGGUCAACAGGCGCCCUUAAAUCCGUGGCCAUCCACCAGCAUUUCCUUCAGCAGCCAUUUCCCCCAACCAUUGCUCAUCACCAUGACUAAUCUAUCCCCCAAGAAACGUGACCAAACCAAGGAGAUCUUCAACAGAACAUGCAAAGGAGGCGCCAAGCGAUUUAACAAGAUAAGCAAGAAGUAUGGCGCUCGAGUCUACGUGCAGGUGUGCUGGAGGGGGCGGCACUACGAGUACACAUCCCACGAUGAGCCUCACUGGCCGAGGACAAAGGAUGACCUAGAAAUCAUCUACCCCUUGACCACUCAAUGGACCCCUCAACAUUCGCGAAACAACCUGCCUCUGGGAUCGCUGCCGAUGUGCCUCUCUAACUUGAAAGCCACGCCGGCGUCGCCAGGGAAGCCGCUCGAAUCAGCGGGAGAGCAGCCAAUGGGGCCAAAACUGGCUGAGGAUGGAUGGACUGCGAAGAGAUUGAUAGCAUGAGAGGGGGACUUGGAGACGGCGUUUUGGAUGGGCGAAGGAAGUGGCAGGGCCGCGGGGCAUGUACUACGAAUAUUCCUGCUGUGCUCCUUGCAGUCCC